CCCCCUGGAAGGUACUGAGAAGGGUCAUCCCUAACAAAAAUCAGUAUUCAUUCAAAUUUACAACCUAUAGGUACAUACUAAUCCGACGAUUGAAAAUUAUGAAUGUGUUGAAAGAUAUCGUGAAAAUUGUGAACCAAGUUCGUGGCAAAGAGAAUAUCUUCGGAUACAAAUCGACGAUCGCGAAUCAGUUCUAUUUGGUGUAUUGUUUCUUGGGAGAAAUAUACUUCAGCACUAUGUUUCACCGGCACACCAAAAUAUUUUUGUGUUUAUGGCAAUCUUUUGGAUUUUCGGUAGCCAGUAUUCAACUAGUAUCUUAUUUAUUUUUUGGUGGUAACGAAGAUGCAGCUGCGUUCAUAUAUACGAUAUUCAUAAUCAUGAUUAUUGUCUUUUGCUACAUUAUAGUACCAUACAUCUCAGUGAUUCGCUACCGCAGUGAUUUACUCGAUGCGAUCCAAAUAGCGGAUCAUAUUAUUAUGAAAAGGAAACUGGAUGACCAUAAAACGGAAAAGGAAUUGAAUUUGGAAAAAUGGAUCAUGCAGGUUGUUCUAUACAACGGUUUAACUAUUUUACUAUAUACUUCAAUUUGUGGUGUGAGUGUAUCGCUUUUUUAUGAAGAGGAAAAGGUUAAAAACCAUAUUUACUACCACAUUCAUCCACCGAGAGUCGAGAAAUACGGAUCGUUGUCAUUUUUCCUGGCCUUUACCAUGGUGACAAAUGUAGCUGGUUCUUCAUUAUACUUAACCCUUCCCACGAUCUCAUUCAUUCUUGGAUUUUGCGGUAUUCUAUUUCACAAUGAAAUACAAAAAAUCAUCGAAGACCUAAAUUCGCUUAGCUCAGAUCCCAUCACAUUUGAAUCAUACAAAAGCAUGCAACCCAAAUUCAAAAACGCUAUCAUCAAAUGUGACAAGGAUUAUCAUUGCGCUAUCAAAAUGAUUGAACGUUUUCGUGGAUUUUAUGAAUCAUUAGCAGAUGUUAUAUUGCCAUGUUUGCUUUAUAUUCAGGUCGCUCAUGCUUUUUUCUUCAUAUCACCCAAUAUCUCUAUCACAGUGAGAAUGAGAGAACUAUCUGUGUUUCUUAGCACGAUUCAAUGGGUAUUUGUGCUAUGUUGGGCGGGAAGCAUGCUGGAUGACUCGGCAGAGGCAUUGAGUAUUGCUGUAUAUUCUACACCGUGGUACUGGUCCACAUUGUUGCGUAAAGAUGUUUACAUACUCCUGUGUCGAACUCAAAAACCAAUCUCUGCAAGAGCGCUGAGAGUUUAUCCUCUUUGCUUGAUAACAUUCUUACGGUUCAUGAAUGUUAUACAAUCGUCCGUUAAUAUUCUACGAACGAUUACUUCAAAAUAAGAUAAAGUCAUCAUGGACUCAGUUCGUUCUACACAUAGGUUAUUAUAAAUACAUAAAUUAUAGGCCUGUAUGGCUGCAAAGUGCAGAAUGUGAAUUUUAUGAUGAAAACUCAGAAUUGGUACUCGAAAACAAAAAAGUGAUUGAUAGGUAUCAACUUUUAAGUAUCUAACAAUAAGCUUACUCUAGGAAGUAGGAACACAUCAAUUUAAUGGUCGAACGAGCACUUUCUAAUUUAACCUAAUGAAAUAAUCUGGAUAUAUGUAUUUUUUGUAUCACAUUUUCGAGUUUCACAAACGUCACAUGGGCUAUAAUAAAUAAUGUGCAGAAGGAGCACCAGGACGCAAAAUUAUGCUUACGUAAGCAUUAUGUGUUGUAGCAACAUUAUGUACCUAUAAGUAUACUUAACACAUACUACAUUUUAUAAAGACGAAAUUUGUUUGAAACAUAUGCAUCAUAUAAACGAUCGUGUUAAGCAUUAUCGACACGCCAAGGUA